AUGCCUCUCCCGAAUGCUUCGUUUCCCCGUCAAGCUGCACUUGCUAGUAAUAAGGAGAAGAGCAGUGUGGCUUGCAGUCUAACAGUCCACUCUAGUCAAAGCGACUGGAAAGAAGAGUCGCUGGAAGUCUUGCAAUCCUUGGAUACAGGCGACAUCCUGCUCUAUCGCACUAAGGAUUUGGGGGCCACCUUUAAUGCGGUCGUGCAGGGAUCCUACUACAGCCACAGUUCGGUAGUGGUCGUGCCGCAACGGGGGGUUUGUCUAUUUCCACUGGAAGCUCGGCUGGCCCGUACGAUUGACAACCUGGAAUACUUGAGUGUACGACGCCACAGUGGCUUGAUCACUCCCAGUGCGUACUCUAACCUGCUCUUGUUCAUACGGGAAGUCCUAGGCCGCAAAUUGGAACUGUUGACGUUGGACAUGGCGCGCUCUCUCUUUCUCCACCGAUUGGGCAAAAAGUACAAACAGUACGCUGCCACGCAGUACCUAAAAAAUGCCAAGGAAGAUUGGACACAAUUCUAUUGCAGUGAAUUGGUAGCCGAGAGUCUGCAGCAGUUGCACAUUCUACGAGAAGAGGGAUUCCAUUCCAAUGACCUAGUCCCGGCGUCCUUUGCCAUGCCUCCACCCGAUAUCGCACAGCUGCACCCACAUUCCAGACGAUCCUUCAAUUUUGGAGAAGACGAACAAAUCACUCGACCGGGACAUUCCUACAGUGAGGAACAACCACUCAUCGUACCUGAAGGAAACGAAUUGCAGCAAGCACUCAAGCUCAAAAAGAUGCAAAUGAAGGAACAGUACAAGCAAAAACUAAAGCAGCAGCAUUAG